AUGAUGCAAGUGUAUGGUUAUAUUGUGCGGUUAAAAUACUGUGUCCGUUUCGACUUGGCUGAAAUAACGGUACUAGAGGUCCUGGCUCAUCAUUUACUUCAGAUUUUCAACCAACAGUCGCUGUUAAUGAUACCACUGUUACUGAUCAAUUAUCUGGACAUAGAUUUACUUAUUCGAUCACGUUUAGUGGUCAUUAGUGUUGACACCGUUCACCAAAAUUGGGGAUUCGUUUUUUUGUUUGAGUUGUUUUUUGAUGGAAUGAAAAAGGAUGUGAAGAGAAGCGGCAGACUUGCAUUUGUAGGUAGAAAUAUCUCUUACAUGUUUUAUACUACAUUCGCCCAAGCACAUAAAAGCGUUGUAAGAAGGUGGAAACUGAACAAAUUCCCAUCCAGCUUUGUGAAAAUCAAUGAUCAGAUCAUAGCGGCAGCAUUCUUUGAUUUUGUUAUUGUGACAGACUGA